AUGCAAGGUGGACAGCACAUCGGGAAGAUUGUGGUGAAGAUGCCCGAGGAGCCGAAGGAGUUACCCACAAACGUCGGUCUUGAAAGCUCACCACUCUUUUUUAGCGAGAAGGCAUACCUCCUUGUCGGUGGCCUGGGUGGCCUGGGUGGACUGGGUCGAGCUGUGUCGGCCUGGAUGAUUGAGAAUGGGGCGCGGUAUCUGGUUUAUCUCUCUCCCACUGCGCACACCAAGCCCAGGACGGAAGAGGUAUUUCGCGAACUUCAAGCUUUGGGUGGCAACACCACGCUGGUUACAGGAACUGUCACGAACAUCGAGGACAUCAGGCGGGCAGUGGAACUUAGCCCUCGACCUAUCGCAGGUGUGCUACACAUGCCAAUGCUAUUAAGAGAUCGAUCUGUAGUGCAGAUGACAAUAGAAGACUGGGAGGGAGCAACCGCACCCAAAGUGCAGGGAGCGUGGAAUCUGCACCAGGUCUUUGACCACAAUAUGGACCUAGACUUCUUCCUCAUCUUCAGUUCCAUUGUGGGUCAUCAAGGGAACUGGGGGCAGACCAACUACGCUGCUGGAGGCACCUUCCAGAAUGCCCUGACCCAUCAUCGCCGAGCUCUCGGGCUGCCGGCCAAUGUCAUUGACGUCGGCGUCAUGGGUGAAGUGGGCUACGUCAGUGAGCACGCCGCAACCUUCCAGAAACUGAAGGGCGUCAACCUUCUACUCUCCGAGAGCGAAGUCCUGCAAUCGAUCCGGGUGGUUCUUAGUCAGCACCGUGCUGCAAAAGCCGCCGGGGCCGAGAGCUCAGGUGGGAUCGCCGACCUCCUUGUCGGCUAUAUAUCCCAAACAAGGGGACUCAACGGCCUUGCCAAGGAUGACGUCCGAGUGAGCGUGCAUCGCAACCUGAACACAUCUCGUAGGAGCGGUCUGGUCUCGGGCGACAGUCCCUUGAAACAAUUCCUCAACACGGUGGCUGCCAACCCCGAGGUCUUGCGCGAGGACUCGAGCCUCGAGAUUGUUACCAACGAGAUUGUGAAUAUGCUGUGCUCCAUCAUGUCAUUGCGCAAGGAAAGUAUGGAUAUAACCUCCUCGUUGACUGCCCUAGGCCUUGAUUCCCUGGUCAGUGUCGAGAUACGCAGAUGGUGGCGUCAGAACCUUGGGCUUGAAAUCAGCGUGCUGCAAAUCUCCUCGCUGGGUUCCGUACAGCAGCUAGGGGUGCUAGCUAUCGAUUCACUUCAGGAGAAGUACCUAGGAGGUGAGGGACAGCACAAUUCUUCUGAGAAGUAA